CGCUUUGCUCGACGUUAAGAAAUCAUUAAAUUCAGCUGUAUUGAUUGUUCCGAGUUGAUCAAAAAUAUAUCAUAUCAUAUCUCGCGCCCCUCUCUCGCAUUUACCCCGUGGAUUUGUCACCAUCGAUUGACUACGUUGUCGCGUGGCAACUCUGAACUGUACUUUCUGAUUCAGAUAAAAAACUAUUUAUUGGUUAUUGGUGACUAUCUAUAAUCGAGAAAUUGCGCGCUUAUUUUUCUCAUUGGAAUAAGAAUAUAUCGCAACUGAAUAAAAAUAAGGAACCAUCAUGAGCGAGGACGUGGGCGCUUCCCCAGUAGCAGAGCUCAAAUUUGAGGAUGUCUCGCAGCUCAAUUUUUCCAAACUCUACACGCCCAAAAUGAAAAGCGUAUAUUGGCGCUAUUUCGGCUUUCCCUCUAAUGACAAUGACGAGGUAAUCACCAAGCAGAACGUUGUAUGCAUCAAAUGCCACAAGGUCUUGACCAACCAUGGCAAUACAACCAACUUACGCGCCCAUUUGCAACAUCGACACAAGGAGCUGUUUAAGAAUUUAUGCCAAGAGAACGACAUUCAUGUGCCGCCGCGGAAAACGCCGCGCAGCAAUAACCAUCCUCCAUUAUCGAAGCGCAAUGUGUCGUCGCGCCGAGUUAAGUUGGAAUUCUUGAGCAGUCGCAACCACGACAAUGCUUCCGAAGAUGAAAUGGACGAAGCUGCAAUGGCCACUGCGGCCAUGCAAGCUGAAGAGGACGGUUCGUCCCAAACAAUGCUGUACGAGACAAUGGUACCGCUAACCUAUGACGACGCCGAAAAUUUGGUCGAGGAGGAGAUGCGCUCCAUUACCAUUGACCCACGCGAAAUUAAGUACGGCCGCAAGCGCAAAAGUACAGCACCGGCAUCCGCCAUACACUACACGCGCGUUCCCAUCAAGACUGAGGGAGGCAAUGUAAGCACACUCUUGCGCAGCUAUACGCCGGCUAAUAUAGCCAAUUUGCCAGAAGCUAUGGCCGACAUUGUAAUCAAGGACUUAAAGAAUGUGGAGACGCUCUAUGACGUAGGCAUAAGCGAGUUCAUACGGAUGGCCAUGGGGAACUCGGUUUCCAUGCCCUUGCCGCAGAAGAUCGAAUCCUUGAUCAGCGAAAUGCAUGCAUCUAAGUUUCUUGAGAUAAAUGAUUUUACGCGCGACUAUACUGCAGAGAAGCCCUUCUCGUUGGCCUUUGAGUUGUGGACUAAUGUGGAGCACCGACGAUUCCUCACCAUUUAUCACAACUAUUUGCACGAAGAGACUCAAAGUGUGAAGAGCUGUUUAUAUGCUACUGUUGAAUAUACUGACUAUAUGAUGUUUGAUGAUCUUCUCACGGACUUCUACAUGCCGAACUGUACUCUGGCUAUUGUUAACUUUGAGGACGAGGAUGUGCUGCAUGCCUAUUUAAAGGAGAAGAACAUUCCCAUCGUAAUGUGCUAUGUGGCAGUUAUUGACAAGUCCUUGCGUCGCGUUUUUGAACUGGAAGAGGUGAGCGCGCUAGUGGAGCAGGUCAGGGAUAUAAUACAGCGGCACUCCACAGAGAUUAACUCGAAGGUAGCCGAGUUGCCUGCCUAUAACGAGCACUUCCCAUGGACCUUGUAUGAGUUAUUGAAAUUCUUUACCGAGUCCAUAUCUUGGUCUGAAGAUAUGGACCAAUUGGUCAUAUUGGCAAAGACAGUGACAGAGGCGCUCAGCGCGCUGGUGAUUGCUUUGGACACAUUGCGAGGCGAGGAUAUACCACUGUGUAGUAUGCUUUCGCCAAUAACAUCAAAGAUAAUUAUCAAGAAACUGGGUAUUGUGGAACAAGAUGAUCCACUCAUGAUGAAUAUUAAACGCACCAUUGCUGGUGUGCUGCAGGCACAUGUCAUAUCAAACGACACGUUGACCAGUGCAGCUCUGCUCGAUCCGCGCUUCCAUCGCCUGACCACUAUAGACAACCUGGAUCGAUGCGUGCGUGUCUUGACGCAAAAAUACAACAGCAUAUUUGGAGGCGGAGGCGGUAGCCACAGCAACGAACCCACUGAAGUGGCAGCAACCACCUCAGUAACCACCACGCCCAUUGUCACCAUUAAGACAGAGCCCAAUACAAAACCCAGCGUUGGCAGCAACUCCAAAAAAUCAAAACUAGAGCUGCUAUUUGAUGUGGCGGAAAUAAAUACGCCACGCAGACGGGAUUCGGAAAGCACAGUGGAAAGUGACUUGAAGCGCUACCGCAACGAAGUUCACGUGCAACUUGACGAGUCCCCCAUUGAAUGGUGGAGCAAAAUGGGUCACAUCUAUGGCACCCUGCGCGACUUGGCCACACUCUACCAGGGUGUGCCCGGCGUGGUGACACUGGAAUUCAAAAAACUGCUUAGAGAGCAGAUAUAUGACUUCAACAAGCGUUUUCUAUUAACUGGCAGUCAAAUUGACGCGAUUCUAUUUUUGCACCACCACAACAAUUAAUUGCUAUCUCCAUUUUUAUUAUAUAACUGUGUACAUUGGUUUUAUUACAUUAUGAUAUCGUUCACUGUAGGCCCUCAUUAAAUACAA